GUUAUCUCGGCGCACGGUGUUCGCUCAGUAACAGCAAAGUACUUGAUUAGAGCAAUGUUGCCACGCUUGUCACCUAAUUUCUAAGUUACUACGCUCUUCCCUCAUCUUCAUCUGAUGCUUCUACUUGAAUCUGAGUACUACGCCUUUCUCAACAUAUGGACAAAUGGGGGGUCAACGCGUCAACGCCUGAUAGACAGAGCUGUAUUUUGUCGUAGUUUUUCGCACGCUAUGGAUUCAUUUUGUACUUGCUAACAACUCUUUCAUUUAGAAAAGUUUCUUCGUGAACAAACAUCCGAUUUAUUAUUGCCAACGUUACAGUAUAAUAAAAAUAUGUCAUUUGCUGAUCAGAUGUUCACCUCAGUAAACGUUUAAACGUAAUGGAUACUCGUGAAAUAGGCUGUGUCAUGGUACCAUCAAUGCUUGAAAAGGAUUUAUUCAUUCUCGUAGGGAAACGUGUGGAACAUUGUAUUUCGUUUGGUUUAAUUUUCUACUAAUUUGUCCAAUACACCAAAUUGUUGGUUCAGAUAUGCAAUACAACAAC